CCUUCCGAUUAGAAUAAUGGAUAAUUCCAUUAUUUCAUCCCUAGCUGAAGAGCUCGAUGACAUGAACGUGGAGUACGAUUCUUUGAAGGAGCAAAGCAAAGAGUUUAAGAAGACACUAGAUACACUGCGUUCACUUCAGAAGACUUGUAUGUCAAUGGUGACUCACCAGAAGAAGAAAUACAAGCAAAUCAGCCAGUCCCUCCAAUCCCAUAGCAAGGAUCUUGGAAUAGAAGACAGGCCGAGGUUGGAGGAGUUACAGCGACAUGUUGCCGAGAAACAGAAAGUCUGCGAUGAGAUUCACGAAUCACUGCCAAGAGCGUCAGAAGGUUUUCUGAAGCUGUCGCUCGGUCAAGUCAGCGUGUCGCUCUUGAGCAAAGCAGAGAAGUUUGACUACAAGGAAGAAUACGAACGCUUCAAAUUCUACAUGAGCAUCAUCAUGAUGGUCGUCUCAUUCUUUACAACAUUCAUCGUAGACUAUAGGCUUUUUGAUGCUCAGUUCCAUUUCUUGCUAGUCUGGUAUUACUGCACUCUGGUCAUACGAGAAAGCAUCCUCCGCCAUAAUGGCUCAAGGAUAAAGGGUUGGUGGGUGAUACACCACUAUCUGUCUGUAGUACUGUGUGGCAUUCUGCUGAUAUGGCCGUCUGGAGUGUCCUAUGACAUGUUCAGGAAUCGCUUCAUGGCAUUUUCUCUGUAUCUAAAUUGUGUUCAAGUGCUGCAGUAUUAUUACCAGAGUGGUUGUCUCUAUCGACUUAGGGCAUUGGGAGAGAAAAGUGAUAUGUACAUUACAGUAGAGGGUUUUCAAGCUUGGAUGUGGCGAGGGCUCACUUUCCUCUUACCAUUUCUUUUCAUUGGAUAUCUGUUCCAAUUUUACAACGCCAUCUUCCUGUUUCAACUGUCCUUCCACCCAGAAGCAAACGAAUGGAUGGUGCCAGCUUCCGCCAUGAUCUUCUUUGUCCUGUUUCUGGGAAACUUCUCCACAACCUCAAAGGUCGUUCUCACCAAGUUCCAGGCCAAGCAGAAGAAAGGAAACAAGAAACUUUGAAGCAGCUGAUACUAAAUAUUAGCAGGGGGAAGGAGUUGCGCUGCUACUUAUGGAGGGCCUUUUGAUUUGAUGACUACUGCCUUAUAUCUAUCCCUUAUUAUGCCAUGGUUGGACGCAGCAUCAAAACAAGCUUGCUUAAAUAUGGGGGUAGGGCGACUGUGAUGCGAUCAAGCUAAAUGAGUCGUUUGUCAGAAAUAUCAGUAGGGACAAGCCAAAACAGGCCAACAGGGUGAUAUUUUCAACAAUAUUUUUGUGUAAACUAAAGUGCCAAAACAUAUGUGACUCUAUAUGGGCAACUUUCUUCCUGGUGAAUAACAUAACAAAAGGUGAAAAAUAUGAUUGAAAGAAAAAUUAUGUGCUCAUGUAUAUUCAAUAAACAACUCGACUCUAAACCACUUUUUCUCGGUUUUAUUCUCUCGCAUCUCUUGGUGUUUCUAAACCAAAAAUUGGUAUCAACAUGUGGUUUUUAACAGUAAAAAAGCAUAAAUUAUGCUCUUUUCAAAUGUAUCAAAAAAUAAGAAAUGACCUGCAGCUGAUUUCCUGAAACGCUAGGAUGAGUAACUUGUCCUAACUUAGGAUGGGUUCAAUGCGUCCUACGUCUAUGGAUAUAGAACUGAACUCAUCCUAAGUCCUAAGAUUAAUUCUAAGUUAGGAAGAGUUUGGUGAUAAAUGGUUGGGUUGACAAAUGACUCGUUUGGCUUGAUCACAUCUGUGUUUGAAGGUUUGACUGUUGACUCACUGAAUGAGGGAUAUUUUUAACCCUUUAGAGACCAGCAGCCGAUUUCACGAAACGCUAGGAUUAAUCCUAUCUCGAGUUGGGACGAGU